ACGCAGGCACUUCCUGCUCCACAGGUGCGAGGCGCUGGCUGCUGCGACGGCAGCCAGCCUUGGUCGGUCGGUCGCGCUGCGCGAAUAGGCGCCCUCUCGGCAGCUCGCACGCACGCUUGCUCUGCCGCGCCGCAACGACGCAGCCGAAUUCGAUGCCAUGGCGACGCUACGCGUCGCGUUACUUCGACACUGAAGAAAUUCCCCGCUCUGGACUUUACCGCCAUGGUCGUCUGCCGGCUGCUGGAGCAGGCACCUCUGCAGGACGCGUUGCGAUCGUGGCCCAGAUAAGCCGGCCCGCUCUUGUGACCGCCUGCUGACAACACCCGGCGUUUUCAAGGACUCUAGGAGCCGAAACCGAAGGCUUCCAAGCGCCGGCAUGGCUCGCCAUUAUCUAGUCGCUUCAAUCGUCGCCCUCGUGGCGUCGUCUUGCCAAGCCAACACUAACGUGCUGCGCGCCAGCUGCUUGUGGAACGAGUCCCAGGAAAAGGAGAGUUCCGUGCAGGUGGACUGUUCGCGAAAAGGCUUCACCAUCGUUCCCUCGGGCAGCUACUGGCCGCCAAACAUCUACAAGAUGGAUCUGAGCCACAACUUCAUCAACCACCUCACAAACCUGGAACCGUCAAACGUCUCGGUGCUGGACCUGCACGACAAUCGCAUCGCCAUCGUGGAGCCGGGUGUGUUUUCCGCUUUCCCGCAACUUCAGUUCUUGGACUUGAGCAAGAAUUCGCUCGCAAGUCUUCACGCGGACGUCUUCGUAAACAUGACGAACCUGCGAGCUUUGAACCUUAGCGGGAACAAACUAAUGCACCCGCCUACUGAACUGUUCCGGCCGUUGGUGUCCGUGGAGCAACUGAACCUGAACAAUAACCCGCUGCGGUACCUGGAGAUCGGACUGUUCAAGCUGCCCAACCUUGAGCGUCUAGAACUGUCGAACAUCGACGCCCACUCGCUACCUGACGGCAUCUUUCACGCAACGCCGCGCCUCGUUUAUUUGGACCUGUCCGGAAACUCGUUUGAGAAGGUGCCUUCCAGCGCUUUGCGAAGCGCUGGGGGUUUGAAAGUUCUAGUCAUGUCGGACAAUCCAGUAGGCACGCUUGGUUACAACUCCUUCUUCAAGCUGCAAAAUAUCGAAGAACUCUAUGUGGAGAAAAUGAAAGAGCUGGAGGCUGUCGAAGGCGACGCCUUCGUUUAUCAGAAGAAAAUGAGGUCUCUGUUCUUGGGCAACAACCCCAAGCUGAAGAGCAUAGACCUCGACAUAUUUGGCGUGUUUUGGCGCGUCGAGCCGGCGGCCAACUGGACCCUGCGAGAAUUUUAUCUGCAGAACAACAACAUCCAGUACCUGGACGAAGAUAUUGCACCGUGGAAAGAAUUUGAGAUCUUAGACCUCCAGGGAAACCCCUGGGCCUGUGACUGCAAUAAUGCUUGGAUUCGAAGGUUGCCACUACAAAAGGAAUUGACAGUCCAGCUGAGGUGCGGAAGCCCAACCAAGUACGAGCACAAGCCCAUGCUGGAGGUGCCCGACGAAGUGUUUGCUUGCCCGAGCUUGCGUGUAGAGCGCGAACAGAGCAGCACUUUCCGCACGGGGGUGCUGGUUGUAGGGGCGCUCAGUAUAAGUGCCAUCUUGUUGUCGGCCAUCUUGCUGAUCAAACGGAAAAACCUCUACCAGCGGUUCAUCUCACGCAAGAACAGGAACGGUAGCGUGUACUAUGUCAAGGCGCACACGAACCCCGUGGACGGAUUCGAUCCGAGCGUCUAGCGAUGGACAAUUCUCGUGUUUGUACAGACUGUGCGUCGAGUUGACGACGCCGGCGUUGCGAACAGCGCCGGCCCUGGAAACAGAUGCUGCUUACGACGACUGAAAGAGCCGCCGAGAUCGGUGCGCGACGCAAGCCAGAGCUACCGUGGUACGGAUGGGACUACCUUGCGUGGCCUCACGGGCAACGCUUUCUUGCGAGCGGCAUAACUGUUGGAAGUUCUUAGUGUGACGAAAAGGUUACGCGUACAUGGCACGGCAUGACGUAAACUACUUUUUGAGAGAUGUGUGACGUCUUCAACACAGCGUAAAUGCUGCGUCAUGUCGUGGUCUCCCUGCAGCGUCAUGCCUAAUUGGGCAGAAAAGACUAUUCACGUUGUCCGUUUUCCCUACAGGACAUUCCUUCUAUGUCUGAAGACUGACAAAAUGGCGUGGUGUCGAAGGUUUUGAACGAUGGCGGUUUGGUGAUGCGGUAAGGACCUUUGAACCAUUUUACAGGGAUCCAGCCUGGUGUAGUGACUGUCAUUCUUGCUACGGUGCCGUUUUCGUCCAGUUCAUUAUAGGUGAAUUGCCUCGAUCAGCCACCGACGGCACAGUCCUCUAGGCGAGAACGAGACAGCAGCGAUUUGAAGUACACUUCCACGGUUUCCCUCAGCCUUCGUGGCCUCGUAACGGUAUCCUAUCAUGACGCAAAUCACGACAAAGACCGAUGUGAUCGCGAAAAGUGCCGAUGCAAAGUAAAGUCAAACUGCAUCGGUAUCUGGAAACUUGCAGAUGGCAAGCAAACAAUCAAGGUGCUAGUCCUUGCCGAUGAACGGCGUUUCAAUGAGAUCCACUGCUAUCCGGUUUAUAAAUGAAGUCUUCAGAAACUUAGUGCGGCAGCGAUCCGACAGGGAGAUUCUCAAGGCUGCAAUUUCUAGAAUGAGCAGUGGCUGCUACACGAAAGACUUUGCCUUUCCACACAGCAUGCCAAGAUAUGAUUUUACAUCCCCGAGUCCCUGCGAAGUGGUUUUCAAAUCAUGCUGACUUGUCACGCAUGUCAUGAGCCUUCUUUUGUUACUGCGCACACUCACCUGUUAGACUAGACACAUGCUUGUCACUUGGCCUACCACUAGAGUAUUCCUGCCUUUAUAGAGUAUAAGUAAGGGAACGUAGUCAAUUUCAUGUGGCGCUGUGCAGCUGACUUGUUCUCGCACUAUAAAAAUAGCAUGGCUGGUCAACAGUGUUGUCUCCUUUAACUAAAUAUAUGCCAUGCGUAUAGCGGUGUAAAAGCCAGACAUAAAGGCGCACUUCUAGCCGCCGUAAACAGUACUUGUCUGCCAAUGCGAAAUCUAGGACGGAAUUCAGGAGCAAGAAAAGUGGAAUAGAACAGAAUGGCGGCGUAUCUCUAUGCGUAGAAGAGCUGAUGUGGCUGUUUUCGUGGAAACACGAAACAUAUGCUUGCCGCAGACCUGGCUUGUUGCUUCGCACGAAGGGCAAAAGAAGAGACCGUGAGUACACGAAAUGGGCACAAACACACGCGCCUGCACACCCGUUGUCAUAGGGACAUAAACGCCCCCUCUGCGCACGGCGUGCAGACAUUGUCUGCACGGCAACAGCCUGCAGCUCGAGGCACGACUAAAACGCAGCGAGCGAUGAGCGGCGACUCCACGCAACGUAUUUCCGACAAAUUUUAGCAUGGAAUGGUCCCGCUUUGGCAAAUAAAUUUCAUGUCACGUGAUAUAACACUAUUA